GCGCUAUAAAAAACACUUGGGUGUGCGCGCACCACUAGCCACCGGAAGUGAGUUUGACUCGCAAUCCUCGUUCGUAUCAAUUAUUUGAAGAAACCCAGCUAGCUAUCUAGCUAGCUGAAAAGAACUAGUUUAGCUAUCAGUACAAGAAAACUUUAUACAAUUCACAUUAAUCCACUUUGAAUGAUCUAACAGUUAGUAGGUGAAUCGACCAUGAAGUCGACCAACCAGAUGUAAAUAAUGAUAUGUGCUAGUAGGGUACGCUAAUUUGGUUGCUAGCGCCAGGCAGUGCUUGCCAACACCCUCAUGAGGCAAUCCAACUCCGGAGCAUUAAUUAGCUACCAACCGUAAACAAGUCUGACUAGUUUGUGAUUUGCAUCUAGCAGCAAAGAACAAUCCAACAGAAUGUCAGGUACGUGUAUGCUCUAAUUAUCUAGAGAGUAUGUUUGAAAUGUAACGUUUGGUAGUUGACCCCACCUAACUUAGCUGUAGCUAGCCACCAAUGGCAAUGCAAUGUAAACAGAAGCAAAAGCAUCCCAUCCAUCGCAUGACAUUGUCACAUGUAAAUAACACUUGCUGUGUUUAUCAGUCGUGCAAAAGGAAUGUACAAUCCAUGAGAAAAACAUUAGUUAGCUACUUUUGUAGACAUUAUUUGAAUUCAUUUGGAGAAGCUUGCCACAGCAAGAAACUGACAUUUUAGGCCUGGUGAGACCAGUAGCUAAGAUUGUGUACUCGUUUCCAUCAGCCUCAUCACAUCUUGUUUUUGACAGAUGAUGCUGUCCUGCUGAAUGUACCCGUCAUUCGGCAGCUGUACCACUGGGACUGUGGAUUAGCCUGCUCCAGAAUGGUUUUGAAGUAAGGGGACAUUUCAUCAUAUACUGCAUACAGACAUGGGUGUGCAUUUUAACUACAGUACAUUGUGCAGCUGAAGACCUCAUCAUAUACAAUAAUUUGGCAGGUACCUCCACCCUGUGAGUGAUGAGGAGUUUCAGGGUGCUUGCUGGGAGUUGAAGCUGACGCAGAGUGUCUGGACAAUUGACUUGGCCUACCUCAUGUGCCAGCUGAGGAUCCGGCACCGCUUCUGCACUCAGACACUGGGUGUUGACAAGGGCUUCAGGAAUCAGGUAAUGAGUCAACACUUUGUAGGUCAUCACAAGUACAAUAGUUAUAAUACAAUGGUAUAAGUACAUUUAAUUAUCAUGUAGCCCACCAUAACAAAUGUCCUUAACUAAUACGUACCUGAGAGACUUAAUGUUUGUGUUUCUUUCAUCUGUUUCCAGUCCUUCUACAAAAAGCAUUUUGACACUGAGGAAGACAGAGUCAAUGAACUCUUCCUAAAGGCUGAAAGCAAGGGUGUGGUGGUGAAUAAAUGGUUAGUUAACUUUGUGAAAAACUUGCACGGAUAAAGAAUAAAGACAAAUUGUUCAAAAUCUAUCAGCUUGUCUGGUUAGUAAUGGUUGUUUUACGGACCUAGACAGAAAAUAACUAAGAGACGCUAACUUUCUGCCUUUUUUAAUGUCACCUGUAGCUCUGUGACAAUUCAGGAAAUCCAGGAACAUAUUGACCAGGGCCAUGUGGCCAUAGUGCUGGUCAACGCUGUGGUUCUGGUGUGUGAACUCUGCUCUUCGCCUGUCAAGUACUGCUGUUUCCUGCCUGUGGGCCAGAAGUGCUUCUGCAGGAAGCCAGAAUACCAGGGUCACUUUGUGGUUGUGUGCGGCUUCAACCGGAGCACUGGCUGCAUCUUCUACAACAACCCUGCCUACUCAGACCGUGAGUCCUCCCUCUACACAUCUGCAACAGUAGACAGGGCCACUGACUUACUAGACCCAUAUAUUCAUUAAGUAUAAGUAUGGAAUAAAUCACAUUGUAUUUUUGGACAUUCAAGUUCUAUAUCUAAACGCUUCUUAAUAAAUUGCACAAUAACAUAACACCCAUGAACAUGUAACCAGAGGGUGAAAAGUUGACCAUGUUCUUGGCAGUAAGCACAGAGAGAUUGCGUAAGAGUGAAAAUAUCACAUUGACAGAAGCCUUUGUGUGUUUUGCUUACAGGCGUGUGUUGCACCAGCAUUAGUAACUUUGAAGAAGCUCGAAUGAGCUACGGGACAGAUGAGGAUAUUCUGUUUAUCUUCAAGGAGAGCUGAUGGCUUAGGGACAAUGAAGAUGCAGAUUGUCUCCACAUCGCUAUGGCGCCCCAUCCUCACUAUGAUGACACACCAGUGGGUCUACAGGUCCCUGAACUGGAACUGCUGGUUCCAGCUUUAGCCCAGUGUUGUAGAUGGUCCCGGGCUGUCCUCUCCAGUGCUAACAUGGCUGACUGCUCACAGAACACACAACACCACUCCAACGUCACCACACCUGCCUCAUUUCACAUAGCCCAUGCUAGUCGUCAGUGUGUAAAGGAAUAAUCGCUGAAGACAUAAAUAAAGUGUGGUUUUUAAGUUGGUUGGGGGACAAGCAGAUAGAUUAAAUAGAAUAAAUGUAUUUUUACUGUGUCCCUUUUUGUUUAGUUUUAAUUCGGUUAGUUGAGUCCACCAAUUGACAUUGUGAAAUGGUGACCAGUGCAAUACCUGAAAUCCUAUUCCUAAUGCUGGGUGGAUAAAAUACCAUAACACUGAAAUUGAUUCUAGCCUUGGAGAGGACAAAACAAUGCACAUACAAGGGCUUACGGCAACAUGAUGCUUUCUUUGGUUUUACCUGGUGUCACGCAAGUCUGAUGGGCCAUGUAUAGCUGCUUUCCUCCCCUCAGACUUGUCUUGUUUUAUUAAUAGUUAUUUUGAUACUGUUUGUUAAACUUCACAUAUUA